AGAGACCCCAGUUCCAAACUGGUUCCCUCACACCACACCGCCCGCACUCCUCCUCGCGCCGCCCGCUCCCCUCCCCUCCCCUCCCCUCCCCUCCGUCUCCGUGCCUAGGGCCUCCGCCACCCGCACUCCUCCUCGCGCCAGCCCCAGCCCGCUCCCCUCCCCUCCCCUCCCCUCCGUGCCUAGGGGCUAGGGCCGUAGGUAGUAGGCUAACCGCUAGGCCCCCAAAACUUUCCAUACGGAGCGGAGACCGCGAUGGGCCUGGGCCUGGGCCUCCUGUCGCCGAAUCAAAUAGAGAGUUCCUUCUUCCCUCCCUCGCCCCUCCCUGCUUUCUUCUUCUCCUCCCCGCAGCGAGAGGCAGAGCCCCUCGCCCCUCCAAUUCCUCCUGCUCCCCCUCCGCCUGCAAUUUCUUCCGCCUGCCUUCUCCCAUGGCUUCUAAGCUUGACCUGUCGCCGACGGACGGGGUGCCGGAGGACAGCCCCCUCCCCGCAUCAUCCGACGACCGGGUCGCGAUUGGGUCGACUUCCGGGCCUGGACGUUCGACGGCCGCAGACCACGGCGCGCUUCUACCUCCUGCCGAGGGUUCUCUCCCCGACAUCACUAAGGCGAUCCAGGUUGGGGCGGCGAUCAUGAACGGCGAGGACGGGAUCACCUCCGUGCACGACGCUGCAGGCGGUGGUUUCAGCGGCGGCCAUCAGGCGGGGGCAGCGACGACGCGGCCUGGAGGCCUCACCACGAGGGCACGACGCCCUGUCACUUGA